AUGACCCGCUACUUCUGCCACGAGUGCGCACUCGAGGACAACGACUUCCCCACAAACGCACAGGGCCCCGUCUGCCCACGGUGUCAAGGCGCGUUCGUCGAAGAGAUCCCUCAAGACGAGUCUGGCGCAGACGAUCCGCGAGACUUUGACCCGGACGACGACGGCGAAGAGGGAGGAGGAGGAGGGUUGCCAUUCAACUUGUUCGGUGGAGGUGGAGCGGGAGGAGUAGGAGCGGGGGGACCGGCGUUCUUCCAGUUCAUCGCGCAGCCAGGAGGAGGACCACCUAUUAUCACGGCUGGCGGAGGCGCACAGGCGGGCUUGAACCCCUUGACGAUGGCAAUGUUGCAGGCACUGGGGAUGGCGCCGCCUCCGCAGGGUGUACGUGCGCCGCCCCUGAGACGAGUACAGAGCGAGGGGGCGGCGGAGCAGCCUCGGGCGGGUCAGGCUGGAGAAGCGGAGGGCGACGACAGGCGGGAACAGGUGCCGUUGCGGAAUCUCGCGGCCUUCCUCGGCGAGGCCUUUGGCGGCGGUCCUCGACAACCUCAUCCCACCGACGACCCUGCGAACAACCCCUUCGCCGAAGGCGGCCACGAAACCCCUCGCAACGACGACGCACAACAACCAGGCUCACCGAACGCAGCUGGUCCUCAGCAGCAACAACGGGACGGCGCAGCUCCUCCCCCUAACCCGCUCAACCACCUCCUCUCGCUUCUCAACGUCUUCGGUCUCAACACGCAAGUACUUGGUGGCGGACUCGGCGGAUUCGGGCUGCGCGCGAACGCGGGCGAUUACGCGUGGGGGAGCGAGGCGGAUUUCCAGCAGCUUUUGAACGACUUGAUGGAGCAGGCGAGUCUGGCUUUUCCUCGCGCCGCCGGACGAGCGGGACCUCAACCUGCGCCGGACGACAUGAUCGAGAAGCUCCCACGCCUGAAAGUCAGCCAAGACCUUCUUGACAUGUCCACGGUCGACUCGUGCGGUAUCUGCCUCGACGCGUUCCAGCUCUCCGACAGUGCCGUCGCCCUCCCCUGCAAACACCUCUACCACGAAGACUGUCUCGUGCCGUGGCUGAAGACGAGCGGGACGUGUCCGACUUGUAGGUUUGCGCUUGUGCCGCAGCCGGGACAGCCGGGGUAUGAGGCGAACGCGAACGCGAACGAUGCGGCGGGAGAAGGAGGAACGGACGGUGCGGGAGAUCCGGCGAACGCGCAUCCGACUGCCUCGACCUCGACCUCUACUUCACCCAGCUCAUCACCUACCGACCAACCCCCUCGCCGCCCCUCCCUCCCCUCGCGCCAAAGCACCCUGAACCCUCUCUCGCCCUCGACCGCCCGAAUCCCCGAGAUUGCAGGUGGGUCGAGUCUGCCGGGGAGUUGGAUUUGGCCUGCGGGUGAGGGAGAGGGGGAGGGGGAGGGUGCGAUGGAUGUGGAUGGGGAUCCGGAGGAGGUGGAGGCUGGUGCGAGUACGAGUGGUGAGAGGGAGGCGCGGAGAGCGGCGGCGCUGGCGGCGGAACGGAGGGCGGAGGAAGCGAGGGGGCGAGAGGAGCAGGAGAGGAUGAGGGUUGAGGAGGAAGACAAGAGUCUCGAGGAACCGGUCAUCGAGGAUGUCGAUUGA